GCCACACAAUAUUUUGUAAACAUAACCUCUAAAUAAAAAGUUUUUUACGUGUUUUCUAUCAAAUUUCCUUAUUUGCUUUUCAAAAUAUUCCUAAUAUGAGCAAAGAACAUAAAGCCUAGCAUGAUAAUUUACCCAAUAUCCAAAAGAAACCUCGUCAAUGGCUGAAGAUAAAGAUUUCAACGACGUUCUUGACGACAUAUUCCUGUGUGAAGAGACUCAGCACAAGGAGAGCUAUGACGAGGGGUUCAAGGCCGGCUCCGACGCGGGCAACCCUGAAGGCUACCACUUAGGGUACCACCGGGGCGCUGAGAUCGGCAGAGAACUUGGUUUCUACAGCGGCAUUAUCAAUCACCACAUUAAUCUAUCUGAACAUUCCUCCACACAGUAUACUGAUAAAAUAAUUAACCAGUUGAAGAAAGUGGUUGAGCUGAUCACAGCAUUUCCGGAGACUAACUCCGAGGAACACGACAUAUUUGCUCUUCUUGAGAGUAUUCGCGCUCAGUAUAAAAAAGCUUGUGCUUUGCUAAAGAUACCUUCAAACAAUCCCUAUGGUACUGGGGUUUCCUUUUAGGUUAUUUAAGGCCCUAUCACAAUCAAAAAUGGACUCAACACCUCA